AUGUCAGAAAAUGUUCAGACACCUGUAUGUUGUGAUACAUGUGCGUGCAAGACUGCUACAGAAAGGAAGAAGAGGGCCGUUCAAGUGGGCCAGACAGAAGGCGUAUUCGUUGUAGACCAUGAGAAAAUUCAUAACAAAUCGACUGCACAGGCUGAAGAAACUCGUUGGAAACGCGACGUCCUUGAUGAAGUGGUGAAAGUGGACGCGAACUGUAACAGUGAGGAAUUGAGAGCUAUCAUAAUCGAGAACGUCGACCGUAUAACUUCCGUUUCGAAGAGAAGAAUUCAAGCCGAGUGCGAGAGCAGCCUCAACGGAAGGUGA